AGUUCUAGACAGGCACUUGUACGGCCGCCCGGGGUCCUGCAGCGGGCUGUGAUAGGUCUGGAUUUCAUUGCAGUGCAGUCUCCUUCAGCUCGCCCUUCUACCGGUGACGCCUGCUUCGGCCGUGCGGUUUCAACAACAUCUCCAAUAAAGUAACUUUAGUCAACCACUCGUCCCAUCCUCUCCAGAUACAAUGGCCGUGCCUCCCUGCUAUACUGACCUGGGCAAGUCUGCCAAGGACAUCUUCAACAAAGGCUAUGGAUUUGGCUUGGUGAAGCUCGAUGUCAAGACAAAGUCUGCCAGUGGAGUGGAAUUCAAAACAGCUGGUUCCUCCAACACUGACACCAGCAAAGUUGCGGGCAGCCUGGAAACUAAAUACAAAAGGUCAGAAUAUGGCCUGACCUUCACUGAGAAGUGGAACACUGACAACACCUUGGGAACAGAAAUCACUGUUGAAGAUCAGAUUGCCAAGGGACUGAAGUUGACUUUUGACACAACCUUCUCACCAAACACUGGCAAGAAGAGUGGCAAAGUUAAGACCGCCUACAAGCGCGAGUACGUUAACAUGGGCUGCGAUGUGGACUUUGACUUCGCUGGCCCCACCAUCCACGGAGCCGCUGUCGUCGGCUACGAGGGAUGGCUCGCCGGCUACCAGAUGAGCUUUGACACUGCCAAGUCCAAGAUGACCCAGAACAACUUUGCUAUUGGCUACAAGACAGGAGACUUCCAGUUGCACACCAACGUCAAUGACGGCGCUGAGUUCGGAGGCUCCAUCUACCAGAAGGUGAGCGACAAGCUGGAGACAGCGGUCAACCUGGCCUGGACCGCUGGCAGCAACAGCACACGCUUCGGGAUUGCAGCCAAAUACCAGCUGGACAAAGAUGCAUCCGUCAGCGCUAAAGUGAACAACAAUAGCCUUGUUGGUGUUGGGUACACCCAGACUCUCAGACCAGGUGUAAAACUCACCCUGUCUGGCCUGGUCGAUGGCAAGAACAUCAACGCAGGAGGCCACAAGCUGGGCCUGGGCCUGGAACUGGAAGCCUAAACUUUCAACAUACUGCAAGGGACUAGGGAAUAUCAGAAGAAUCUGGCCUUAAAUGUAUGUCCAACUCUUACCAGCAAGGGGAUAUCUUGGAGAGAUUGGUUCAAAGGCUACGACAAAAAAACUCUAACUUGUUAAGUACCUCUUCAAGUUGGUGCUUCUGUCAUUGGUAUAUUUUACCUUUGUGGCUUUUUACUUUGUAGUUGCAUCUAUUCAGGAGAGUAGGUGGCAUAUUAUUUAUAAAUCAUGUCAUUUAUUUUCUGUCCAGCACUGCCAUAACAAUGAAAUCCAAUACAAUACAAACCCUUCGCCUGUCAUCAACUCUGUGUGGCUUUAUUGUGAUAAUUCCCAGGCAGUCAACAUCAGCUGACUGUUUUGGUGGUGAGCGUUGUCAUACCUUCUUUCUGAUUUUACAAUCAUGACCAUCUGAUAUUCCUUUGUCGUCUACAGUUUUAAUUUUCACACCUUGUUGAUUACACUAGUCUUUUUCUGCUAUUAUUUAAAUACUGCUGCAAGGACAAACUAAAGAUCUGUAAUGUUUUUGUUUUGCGUUGGCCAUCAGGGUUUGUGAUGUUCUGUUAAAGCUGCACAUGUGACCUUCCCUUAAACUGGGCAGUUUUUGGGUUGUUAAUGUCGGGUCAGUAAGUUUGAAAGAAACCUGUACACAUGGCCGACCAAGCAGAAUUCGUUUUUUCUUUUUUUUUUUCCCACUCUGUACUAACAGACAGCUAGGGGGUACAUGAAUAAUGUUCACAGUAAUGCCAAAUUAUCGUUGUCCGGAGGAGGUGUAAGUCAAAGUUGCACUCUGGGAAAGUGCUUUCCUGUACUGGGCAGUGACGGAGCCCACAGGAAGUCUUGGAGGUCCUUAUGUGUAUGUAUACAUUUUCAAUAAAGUCUUUGAACUCCACAA